CCGCCAGAAGGGUGACCCGGCCUUCUCCGCCGGGUUGUGACUGCGGCGGGAUGGCGGCGGCGACUGCGACACAGGCACCGGCUCCGGAAGGCAGUGGCUUGGGCAUGGACGCGCGACUGGAGCAGGAGACCGCGCAGUGGCUGCGUUGGGAUCGGAAUCCUUUAACUUCAGAGGCAGUGAAACAGCUCAUUGCUGAAGGUAAUAAAGAAGAGCUGCAGAAAUGCUUUGGGGCCCGGAUGGAGUUCGGGACAGCUGGCCUCCGAGCGCCUAUGGGAGCAGGGAUUUCUCGAAUGAAUGACCUGACUAUCAUCCAGACCACACAGGGAUUUUGCAGGUACCUGGAAAAGCAGUUCAGUGACCUGAAGCAGAGGGGCGUGGUGAUCAGCUUCGAUGCCAGAGCUCACCCUGCCAGCGGAGGCAGCAGCAGAAGGUUUGCCCGGCUGGCUGCGACUGCAUUUAUCACCCAGGGGGUUCCUGUGUACCUCUUCUCUGAUAUAACCCCAACCCCCUUUGUGCCUUACACAGUGUCACACCUGAAACUCUGUGCCGGAAUCAUGAUCACUGCCUCCCACAAUCCAAAGCAGGACAAUGGCUAUAAGGUCUACUGGGACAACGGAGCUCAGAUCAUCUCUCCACACGACCGAGGCAUUUCUCAGGCCAUUGAGGAAAAUCUAGAGCCCUGGCCUCAGGCUUGGGACGAGUCUUUGAUUGACAGUAGUUCUCUUCUUCACAACCCCAGUGCGUCCAUCGGUAAUGACUACUUUGAAGACCUUAAAAAAUACUGUUUUCACAGGAUGGUGAACAGGGAGAGCAAGGUGAAGUUCGUGCACACCUCUGUCCAUGGUGUGGGUCAUGAGUUUGUGCAGUUGGCCUUCAAGGCUUUUGACCUUGCGCCUCCUGAAGCUGUUCCCCAGCAGAAAGACCCGGAUCCCGAGUUCCCCACUGUCAAAUACCCGAAUCCUGAGGAGGGUAAAGGUGUCUUGACUUUAUCUUUUGCAUUGGCUGACAAAAUCAAGGCCAAAAUCGUCUUAGCCAAUGACCCAGAUGCUGACAGACUUGCUGUGGCUGAGAAGCAAGACAGUGGUGAGUGGAGAGUGUUCUCAGGCAAUGAGCUGGGAGCCCUCCUGGGAUGGUGGCUCUUCACUUCCUGGAAAGAAAAGAACCAAGAUCAAAGUAACCUCAAAGACACAUACAUGUUGUCCAGCACCGUUUCUUCCAAAAUCUUGCGGGCCAUAGCCUUAAAGGAGGGCUUUCAUUUCGAGGAAACAUUAACUGGCUUCAAGUGGAUGGGAAACAGAGCCAAACAGCUAGUAGACCAGGGGAAGACUGUCCUAUUUGCAUUUGAAGAAGCUAUUGGAUACAUGUGUUGUCCCUUUGUUCUGGACAAGGAUGGCGUCAGUGCUGCUGUUAUAUGUGCAGAGCUGGCGAGCUUUCUAGCAGCCAAGAAUUUGUCUUUAUCCCAGCAGCUAAAGGCCAUCUAUGUGGAGUAUGGCUACCAUAUUACCACAGCUUCAUAUUUUAUCUGCCAUGAUCAGGGCACAAUUCAGAAAUUAUUCGGAAACCUGAGAAACUAUGAUGGGAAGAAUAAUUACCCCAAAACGUGUGGCAAGUUUGAAAUUUCGGCUAUCAGGGAUCUUACCACUGGCUAUGAUGCUAGUCAGCCUGAUAAGAAAGCUGUUCUUCCUACCAGUAAAAGCAGCCAAAUGAUCACCUUCACCUUUGCUAAUGGAGGUGUAGCCACCAUGCGGACCAGUGGGACAGAGCCCAAAAUCAAGUACUAUGCAGAGCUGUGUGCUCCCCCUGGCAACAGUGAUCCGGAACAGCUGAAAAAGGAACUAGAUGAGCUAGUCGGUGCCAUUGAAGAACAUUUUUUCCAGCCACAAAAGUAUAACCUACAGCCAAAAGCAGAAUAAAACAUUCCAAUGCUGGAUACGAUUGAAUUUACCUCCAAUUAAUGAACUUGAAUUUUAAAGCAAUAU